AUGGCCACCCUUAUGCCCAAUCCCCUAAUUUGUCCUUUUUCGCCGACCGAGCUCGUGCACGCUUCGGCAUCUUUCCAGCCACGACCAAGGACUCUCUUUGACCCGAACCCUCCACCUACUCGGGCACGGAGGUCGGAGGGCUCAUCCACAGACACAGCCCCAAAACCCGACGCAGACGGCUUCAUAGAGAGCGACCUCAGGGCUGGUGGACCAAAGCUGUGCGAGCCACCCUGUGAGACGAUCCGAAAGCUCCCAACAGGCCUCAAGAACUAUGAUCUUUUCCGAGGACCCGGAUCGUUCCAAUUGAUGACCAAGCUCAGCGACAUAUGUCGAGACGACAAUGUCAGACCCGACCACAUGGAGUUCUGCGGUAGGCGCUCCAUGUACGAGCCAGACCGCAACCCGAUUGUUACUCUGCUCGUCGUUGCGAAACGCAAUAAUCCAUCCCAAGGAAGCUGGACUAUUGUUAGCCGCAAGCUCUUCCACUACCUUCGGGGAAGUGGCAUCACCGACGUGUCAGUGGAGAUAAUGGACGAGAAAUUUGAAGAGGAUCCAAGAAUCCAUGCCUGUGUCCAGAGCGACGCCAUCUUUCCUAUCUGGAAACAGGUAGCCCUGCAGAUAUUCCACAACAUUGAUCGCAGGGGCAUCUUCACAAUCGGCUGUUUCCGGAUUGGCGACGACAAUGACCGUCUUAAAUGUCCGCCAACCAUCCUCUUGGGCGUGGACCGCGCAGUUAAGCGGGAUUGGAAGCCGGUUAGGGAUACAAUAGUUGCCAUUCUUGACAACAGAGGCCUGCUUAACGUCGCCGUUACGAUCCAAAAAGAUAACAGAGUGACGAGGCGCGGAGGCAUAAUAGACGACCAAGGUGUCGCGGUUGAGGACUGUCGCAAGGAUCCAAAUCUCGGCACGAGCCUGAGUCCAUGGGACAGGAAGGAUGAACACGGAACGCUGGGCGGAUGGGUAGACGUCAGAAACCCGAAGAAUGGCGUAUGGUCUACGUUCGCCAUCACAUGCGCGCACUGUUGCUUCCCCAGAGAGAGUGCUGUCUCCGAGGGAGACCGUCAAGUGGUUCAGAACUGGAAGCAGCAGGGCGUUCGCAUCCACGAUGAGCACAAGACUCGCCUCCUGCCAGUUGAUUCCCCGAGCUAUCGGGACAUCAAGACUAAGCUUGACCUGCUUGCUAGCGAAAUCGAAAUGUCUAAGUCAAGGAAAGAAUACCAAGAAGUGGAGACGCUCAACUCCAAGGAAGAUUUUGUCAUGCCCUUCUUGGAGAGCACAUGGAGAGACAUCUCGGCAGCUAUUAAUAGGCGCCAGAAGGAGCGUCACACUAUCAAAAAGUUCCUCCAUGACAAUGAAAACGGCUCCAGACUAGGGACAGUGUUCGCGGCUUCUGGUCUGCGAGAGGUGACAUCCACAGACAAUCCCAAUUCGCUCUCUAUUCGGGACUGGGCUCUUGUCCGAGUGGAUGGUGGACGGGCAACGGGAACGAACACUUUCAAGAGCCCACCAAAAUCCCCGGUGGCAGACCUGAGUCAGCUGAAGAAAUUCAGCUCCAGGCUCCCUGCGUUAGAUGAUAAACUAUUCAAAAUCGGACGCGCAACGGGCUACACAGACGGAAAGUACGGAAACUUGGUCAUCUGCCAUAUCGCUACCAAGAUGGUUAAUGGAAAGAAGGAAGAUGUCCCAACCUGGGAGCAUGUUUUGCUGAGCGAUGGGAGCGGAAAGGGGUUUAACCCUGUCGUUGACCCUGGCGACUCUGGCUCACUUGUGUUCGAUGAAAUCGGCGUUGUCCUAGGAAUGAUAUUCGGAGGAAACGGUAAAAGUAAUAUUGGAUACUUCACUGCAGCCCGCGAUCUCAUCGCCGACAUCAAGCGCAUCACAGGAGUGCAGGAGAUCCGCCUACACGGUAGCGUCGACUAA